AUGCCUUCCACUCUGUUUGCCCUCAGUACCCUGCUCGGUCUGGCCGCCGCUGCCAUUGAGUCGUGUCCAGCCAACGCACCCAUCAGCUGUCAAACCAGCGGCACCAUCUCAAACACAUGCUGCACAGAAGUUCAAGGUCAGGUUUUGCAGACCCAAUUCUGGGACUCGAACCCGGCGACUGGCCCUGCCAAAUCUUGGACUAUCCACGGACUCUGGCCUGACAACUGUGAUGGUACUUAUGAAGCCACUUGCGAUAGCUCAAGAGCAUACACCGACAUUGGUUGCAUCCUUUUGGACAAGGGUCAUGGUGAUAUCCUGAGCUAUAUGGAGACCUACUGGAAGGACUACCAAGGAGACGACGAGUCGUUCUGGGAGCACGAAUGGAGCAAGCACGGAACUUGUUACUCAACGUUGAACCCUGACUGCUACAGCAACUACGAAAAGGAAGAUGAGCUUGUCGACUUCCUCAACACCACCAUCACGCUGUUCAAGGAUUUGCCUACCUAUGAGUGGCUGGCCGAUGCUGGCAUCACUCCCAGUUCGAGCAAAACAUACACCAAUGCUCAGAUCUCGAGCGCACUCCAGAAGCAGUUCGGCGCCACCCCUAUUCUUUCCUGCAGCAGUGGUGAGCUCAACCAGGUCGAAUAUGUCUUCAAUGUUCGCGGCAGUGUCGCUAAAGGCCAGUUCAUUGCUGUCAAUCCUACUGGUACCAAGGGUAACUGCCCCAAGAGUGGUAUAAAGUACCUACCAAAGGACCUCAGCACUACCCCCAAAGCCAACGAGGGCAGCUGUUCUUGA